GCUACCGGACGACAGAUCUCAGCCUGGCUUGCCCUGCUGCAAUCAUCACUCUCUUUCCUCUAAGUUUUAAUUCUGAUCCAGGACUACUUUGUAACACAACCUCGACUCAAAUUUCGCGUUGCAGUUAAUGGGCGCAAGGUUUCACAUUUGUAGCGGGCGAUGUCGUGUGUAUUUUAUCACGCUAUUUUUGAUUAUUCUUGCAGCACUGACCAUUUUGAACUUGGAAUCAAAGACACUGACUUCCUCCAAUUCUACAGGCAGGAUGAGUGAACAGACCUUGGACUACUUUAUCAGCAAAAGGCAAAUUAAAGAGCGAGACGCAGCAAAUAUCGCGUGGUACCAUGCUGCCAACAGCAAGUCCAAAAUCGCCGAGGCGCUUGCAAGCUCUGCCCACAUGAUAGAGGCUGACAUUCUUCUGAGGGGUAAUGAUCCCAAGGAGCCAGUUAUGGCCCAUCCUCCUGAGACUGACAGUGACAUCAGCCUGCGUGAAUGGCUCAAGGAGGUGGUGACAUCUGACAAGGGAAUAAAGUUAGACUUCAAAAGCCCUCAAGCAGUGGCGCCCUCUAUGGAUCUGUUGGAGGAAGUGCGAGGGCAGUUGCGUGGCCCUGUGUGGAUAAAUGCAGACGUCCUCCCUGGCCCUGGGGGGAAGGCCACGCCGCUGGAGGCCCGGGCCUUCCUGGAGGCAGUGGGCCCUCUGCAUCCUGGGGACGUCCUGUCACUCGGCUGGACCACAGGCUGGAGCCCGGAUGCAGACAACCCAGGCUACAGCUGGGAGAUGGUGCGGGAGAUGGAGGAGGUGUGCGGGGCCCUGAAGCAGCCGGUCACCUUCCCUGUCCGUGCAGCUCUUCUACCCCAGUCCUUCCCUCAGCUCCAGUGGCUCCUUCAGCAGUCUGACAGGUACAGCCUGACUGUGUGGACAGGUCAGAGUGACAGGCUGGUGAUGGAGGACCUCCUGGUCUAUAGACAGAAGGUAGACAAGAGCAGGGUCUACUAUGACCUUCUGGAAUCCCAGAGUAACACUUUCAGGAAUCUCCCAGGUUACUCUUAAAACGCCAAGGACUUCUGUCUGAACAGUACAUGGAUUGGCCACGGACAAGAGCACAGUCUGCUAUUACCUUCUGGAAUCCCAGAGUAGCACAUUUCGGAAACUUCCUGCCUACUGUUAAAAGGGCAAUGGAAGUCCAU